GAUUUCGUGAUCGAUCGUUAUUCGUGCUUGAAACGAAGAAGUUUUUUCUUCUUCACAUUUAUAAGUUAAUAUAUAAUUCCUCUCCAGAGAAAUAUCCAUUUAUUACUGACUUCUUGAAUAGAAUAUUUAAAAAUGAACCAAUAUUACAAUAUUAAUUCUUAACCUGAUAUCGUUGGUUGAAAAUGGUGCUUGCUAACGAUUGGAAAACUAAACUUGAUGCGAAAAUGAUAAAGAUUUUAUUCGAUGCACGGUGAAUUAUCGUAUAUAAGAGCACGUAAAACAUAUUGUUAUUUUAAAUAAAGGUUUCAAUUCAUUGAGUUACAUCUAUCAUAAUGGCUGUGUUUACUUAUCGCAUUAUGCUGAUCCUAGGAUGCAUACACUGGCUAAAUUCUCAGCAAUACUAUGGCCAAUACAUGCCAUAUUAUAGACAAUUAAAAAAUAAUCAGCCGUCCAGUUCAUCGGCCGAAGAAACUUCUUCAAAAGAAUCAGUAAAGAACGUCAAUACAAAUAAAAAUGUGAACGUUGUUUUAAACGUAAAUUCCGAAGAGGUAGCCCAGCGUUUAUGGCAAAUAAUUCAAGAUAAUUUGAUGCAAGAUCCAAAUAAAUUAUCGCAUGUUACUCAAGAACAAUUGAAGCAAGCAAUUAUGCCUAUAGUUUCAAACACAAGGAGAGGACUCACAACAGUUCCAAUUACUGAAAUUGGGGAUAAACUUGAAGAAAUCACUCGAAAGUGUUUAAUAAUGGAUAAUCCUAAACGUCCACCUGUAGACCGAGAAAUUUUGACGAGAGAUAUUGUCGCAGAUAUGAUGUCUACUAUAAAAAAUGUCGUGCAUAAAGGACAAAGUCACAAAGAAAAAGUUCCAACUAGAAGAAUGAUGGAACAUGGUGGAAAUCCCCGAAAAGAGUCUGCAGCUGAUAAUCCUUAUGCUACGUUUCAGGUUAAGAUUCAAAGAAGUGAAAUAUUGAAAGUAAUUCGUUCAAUGAUAUGAUCCACUCAGGAUCUAAUUUAUUAUUAAUAAAAUUGCAUUGUCCUUGUGAGAAGAAUUUGAAACAAUAAUAAACUGAUUUUGCUUUGA